UUGAUCAUUUUUCCAGGACAAUCGAAUUUAAUUCGAAAUUUAUUGUACUCCAUUUUAUAUCCCAUUUUAAUCAGAAUUAUUAAGGUUAUAGAAAUUCAAUAAUAUACAAUAUAUAAUAAUUAUAUAAUUUAUUUCUUAAUCAAAGAAACAUUGAUUUUAUAUGACAUACCAAAAUUUACUGUUUUACUUUAAAAGAUAUUUGUAAAACUGUUUUAAUCUGUCCUAUUUUUGGAUAUUUUCCCACUAUGGUAACAAACACUAUGAUAAAAAAUAGUCUCUAUAUACAUAUAUGUAUGUAUAUAUUUGCCUAUGUAUGUAUUGGAGCAUGAAAAAGUACCAGUGUUGUGUCGACUAAAAUAGUACUAAUAGUAUCACAUGGAUAAUAGUUCAGACUAAUAAGAAGUCUGUCUUAAAGACAAUGAUAAGAAUCAUUAGAAAAAGUUGUUAAUUUGUAAUUGUCCGUAUUUUAUUGAUUGAUAAUUAAUUAUUUUUAAAGGAAAAAUGAGACUAUCAAUUUUUAAUGAGUACGAUAAAGUAUUAUUAUUGGGUGAAGGCAAUUUUUCAUUUUCUGUGGCUUUAAGUCAAUAUAACCUUAACAUCGCAAUUGUAGCCACAUGCUUUGAAACCUUGCCUAUCAACGAUCUCGCUGUCAAAAAUAUUAAAAUUUUAGAAAAACACGGAGUUACUGUUUAUUUAGGAGUAGAUGCAACGAAUUUAUCGAGUAAUGCGGAUCUUGCUAAUAAAAAAUUUAACAAAAUUAUAUUCAAUUUUCCUCAUGUGUGCAGUAAAAUGAGAUUAGACUUAAAUCGAGAUCUAUUACAAAAAUUUUUCCUGUCAGCUGAAAGAUGUUUGGAGCCGGGUGGUAAUGUUUUAGUUACUUUAUGCAAUGGGCAAGGAGGAACCUAUCUUGAUCAACCUCCCAGAAGAUGGAAUGAUUCUUGGAAAAUUAAAGAAAUGGCAGCUCAUGGCAAUUUUAUUUUAAAAACUGUUGAACCAUUUUUCGAAAAUAACUUUGCAAAUUACUCCAAUACAGGAUUCCGAGGCCAAGAUAAAUUAUUUUUUAAUCAACAAGCUCUAACGCAUAUUUUUAAGUACGCUGGUACUCCAGAUCUAAGUAAUUUAAAAGCUUUGAUUACAAUUGACUCCUCCGUGAUCAAUGAAUUAUCGCUAACAGAUUCACAAACUUGGGAACAGGUCUCCAAUAGAAUAUUAAUAUUAAAACAACAAAUCGUAUUAAGAAACUAUCUCAUCAGAACAUUUUAUCGGUCAAGUUAUUUACUUGAUGAAGAUUCAGUAGCGAUUCCUUUGAGAAGAAGAAAAAAAAAGUCUGAGAGUAAUUUGGUUUACAAUUUUGUUGACAUAAAACAAGUACGAGUUAGAGGGGGUAAUGGUGGAAACGGUGAAGCAAGUUUCGCACGAGAAUGGUGUAAAGAAUUCGGCGGACCCGAUGGAGGAGAUGGAGGUUCUGGAGGCCACGUAAUUUUUGAAGCCUCAAAUGUAGUUAAAGAUUUACAUCAUGUUACUACAUUUACUCAAGCUCAAAAUGGAGAAAAGGGAAUGAAUAAAAAUUGUUAUGGUAAAAAUGCAGAGAACACAGUAAUCAAAGUACCUAUAGGAACAAUUGUGAGAGAUCUAGAUGGUAAAAUUUUAGUAGAUUUAGAGGAAGAAGGAAUGAUGUUUGUAGCGGCUCGUGGAGGUGCUGGAGGUCACGGGAAUCUUUUUUUUACCUCAGAUCUUAACCAAGCUCCGAAAGUUUGUGAAUUCGGAGGUGAAGGAGAAGAUAAACAAUACGUUCUAGAAAUUAAAAGCAUGGCACAUGUUGGAUUGAUUGGACUGCCGAAUGCUGGAAAAAGUACUUUGUUAAGAGCCAUAUCAAGAGCAAGGCCUAAAGUAGCUCCAUAUCCUUUUACAACUCUUAGACCUUACUUAGGAAUGGUUCUGUAUGAUGAUUAUGAACAAAUAGCAGUAGCAGAUCUUCCGGGAUUGAUAAAAGAUUCACAUAAAGAUCAUGGUUUAGGGAUAAUGUUUUUAAAACAUGCAGAAAGAUGUGCAGCACUUUUAUUUAUUAUAGAUCUUAGUGAGGAUUCUCCUUGGAAACAAUUGGAUAUAUUACGGUAUGAAAUAGAGCAAUUUAAUCCAAAGUUGAAUGAAAGGCCUUCUCUGCUUAUUGCAAAUAAAAUAGAUUUACCAAAAGCACAAGAAAAUUUGAAAGUACUACAAGAAAGGAUUAAUUUACCAAUAAUUCCAAUUUCUGCUAAAAUGGGUAUAAAUCUUGCAGCAUUAUUAAAAAAAAUCAGGGUAAUCUAUGAUGAGGAACUUAAAAAAAAAGAAUCAAUUCAAAAUAGUGCUGAAAAUUCGUAUUAAUGUAUAUUUUCAUUGUAAACAAUUUUUAUUUGUAUUAAAUAAAUUUUUUAAUAACUAAUGCUUAAUU